GUGAUCAAAUGAAAAUCAAAAGAAAAGAACAAAUGUCAGAAAAGUGAAUUGAAAAUAAUUUUGUGAGAAAAGAAAAGAGGAAUAUCAAUUAGAUUUCUUUUAAGUAAUGAGAAAAAAAAUUAGAAGGCUGAAAUCUGAUUAGAAACAUGAGGGGUCUCAUAUUUUAUAAUUUUUUUGUUUGUUGCAUUAUAAUUGAAUUUACAAAAGCAGCACCAACGACAGGAAUACAAAAUUCGUCACUACCUGAAAAUACCUUUCUAACAUCUAUAAAAGAAAAAUGUUAUGGAGUUGUUCAAAAUGAAUCCAUCACAAAAUUCACAAACCCACAAUUGCAGAAAUGUGUAAACUGGACUCAAAUUAACAGUACAACAGUUCUAGAUAGAACCACUGAGCAAGAUGUUUUGUGCCUCUUAUAUCAUGACAGUUUCAUCUCAUUUUGUGAUGAAAUGAAAAAAUAUCCCAAAUCCAAGAUAGAUACUAGUGAUUUUGAUAAAAUCAUCAAAACAUACACUACUAAAACGAUUUGUGAUAAUGGUGUCAUUCCAGUUGACAGAAGUUAUGAGCACAUCUUGCUGGACUUGAUUAAACAAAAAGAAACAUGUUAUAAGCUUUGUGGGACUUACAACAAUAAUUAUCCAGUUUAUGAAUGUGCAUUUGCUAAUUAUGUGGCAACCUUGGAUUUCCAUACUAUAAAUGAUAAGGAAAAUGUGCACACACAAGAGUUAAGCAAUUUGCCAAGUACUAAAAAAGAAAGUAAUACAAUAACAGUGAAACUAGGGAAUUCUGAGGAAAAAACAGGCAGCAGUAAAGUUCAUGAUAAGGUGGAAACCGGUAAACAUCAAGAGCCUAAUUCAAUUUCCAAUGCACAGGAAAAUGUUGGAUUCCCUAAUAACACCCCAGAUGAUGUAAAAGCAGCUAAGGACCAAUCAAAUGUUCCUUCUCCUGUUCUCAAUGUGCAACAAAAUCAAGUCACAACACAGGAACACCAUAAUCCUGAUGACCAAGAAAACAAAAUUGCUGAUCAAAAUGAGGGUGAAAAAGAAACCCAGAAAAAUGUUGAGACAAAUGAAACACCAGAUCAGAGCCAGCAUGGUGUUGCAGGUCAGGAGAACAAACAGCCAGAUAGCAAACAGGACAAUAAAUCUCUAGCAAACCAUGAUGAUUCUUCUCAGAAUAACCAAAAAACUCAAAAUACUGAAACCCACAAUCCCCAGGCAGAUAAAAAUUUGGAACAAAUACAAGACCAGGAUGGCAGUAAUGGCAGAUUUGACAAGCCAGAUGAGAAAGAGGGUGAGAAAACCAAAGAGAAAACAGUAAAGGAUGAUGGAAAGCUCACCAAUACAAAUGAGGACAGUCCUGCAAAAAAAGAGAGCACUGCAGUGAAUGAGGAAGAAGGUGAUACAAAAGUUGAUGAUGUAGCACAAGAGGUGAAUCAGUUUCAAGAAACUGAUGCUGAAGAAAGUAUAGAUCCAGAUUUUGAGGCUAGACCAGAUCUUCCUUUGGUGGAUGAAAAACCUCAACUAAACCUCAAUGAUCCUCCAAUGGUCAGUACUGAUAAUGUGUAUGAAAUUGAUGGAGAUUCCUACUUCUUCUCCUACUUCAUGGUUAUUUGUGUUAUGUUCAUUUUGGGAUAUGUUGGAUACCACAACAGACUGAAGGUUAUGGCUUUGGUUUUGGAAGGAAAAAGAAACAAGAGACAAUACAGAGGCCGACGACCAAACUCUGCUAAUUAUCAUAAACUUGAUAGUAAUCUAGAGGAGGCAAUAUCAUCUAAUGUCACAAAAAAUUCAAGCAAUGUGAUUUAUUGAAUAACUUCUUAUUAUGCUUAGAACCUUAUAGUUGGUACCUAUUUAUGUUAAAUUAUUAAAAUUUUUUAUUGUCCCUAUCAUUGGAAUGAAUUAUUGUUCAACAAAAUUUCAGUAUGUAAAAAUGUAAAUAUUAUUAAAUUUCCACUUGUCUACUUUUGCACAACUAUUUUUUUUAGUUUUUAUAAUUAUUCUGUAAAAAGUCACCAACAUUAUUGAUGAAACAUCAAACAAGAUUGGAAACACAUCUCUAAAAAGACUGAUGUACCUAUAUCACACACACCUCUUGUAUUAUUGUUUUCUAAGGAAUGAAAACAUUUCACUCUCUAAAAUAAAAUGAGGUGUGCAUUGCAAUUAUUCCUAAUUUAUGUAUUGAUAAUAUUAGUUUUCAGAGGAAUUUUAAUUUUUUAUAUGUCAAGGAAAGUAAUUUAUUUAUUAUUAUUAUUUUUAUUUUAAUUUACAAACUCAACAGGUUGCCCCAAUUACAGAGUAGGAAGUAUAGUAAGUAUAGUAAGAUAGACGUAUAUGUAGUCACUUAAAAAACAUCUCACAGUUCAUCAUAUAUUCUAGAUCUAAAUCUAUUCAAACUUAACGAGAAAAUAUCACAAGAAUGAGAUAUACCAUUGUAUGUUUUACACAUAGUAUUUAAAGGACCAGCAGAGUGGAUAUUCGUUCGAUGAGCAUCUAUAUAAAAUGUGUUUGUUACACGUGUAGAAUAUGCUGGUACAUUGAAGUUGAUUUGUGAUAGAAGACAGAUGUCAUCCACAUUGCCAUGUAUCAGUUUAUGAAGAAACAGCAUACUGGAGACUGUUCUUCGAUUCUCAAGAGAAGACAAGUUGUAUUUAAGUAAAAGUGACGCCCUUGAAACAUCAUUGUUGUAGUGCCCAGUUUCUUUGUAAUGUAGAAAUCGCAAGAACUUAUUUUGAACUUAAUUGAAGGUAUUUCAAGGAAAGGAAAAAUAAAUGUUUUUGUACCAC